UCCGACCUCAUCAAGUACAGGCGAAUGGGGGUCAGCGACGGCUGGCUGCGCUACGUGGAGGUCUCCGAACAGGCGCCGUUCCAGAUCAGCUACUUCACGCUCGACGGCAAGCAGAGGGGCCGCUGGACGCUGGAGCACCAGGUGUCGCUGGGCAUUGCUGCUGCAAACCAGAGGCCUUUGAUUGCCGCCAUCGACCCGCUCAACGCCGGCUUGCUCUACCUCAACAUCGGCGGCGUGGCUGUUGUUUGCCUCGACAUGCGCUCCAACAAGGUCAUGGCUCGCUACUCCGUGUCCACCUGUGGCAUUCCGCAGUGCUACUGUGAUUCAAAUGUCUUCCUGCCAUGUGUGCUCCCGUCGUUUCUCGGAUCAACACAGAUUCCAUUUCCAGGCAUGAAGGAUGCCCCAAAACAGAAAACUUUAGCAGAUGUUCUGGUUCGUUCAGACAGAUGCCAGAAGAAAUGAAAGGUAUCAAAUUGCCAGCCAAUGUUUCUAGCAACUAACAGUAGCAGAUGCAGGUGCUUUAAUGAUUUAGGAAGCUGAUGGUGGUAGUUUGCUGAACUCUCGUUUUGGAGGAAAUUCUGGACCAGUUUGGUUGUCUAAAGAGUUUGGUCACUUUUUGGGAUAAACUUGAGAAAUUUGUCUACGUUGUAGUUUGCUGACAAACUAUCUCCUUCUGGGAAACGAUGGGAAAAGUCCCGGGCUUCCGUUUCAAGCUGGACCAUUCCAUACUCAUUAAAUCAGAAUGUAAUAUGACCACUGCACAAUGCUAUCUUCACUUGCAAAGACAGUGCUCUCACCUUUUCACAGGAAAAUGCUGAUGCAACUAAAUGCUUGAUUCUGCUAUGAAAGAUAUUCUUCAGUA